AUGGCUUCGAAAAUUGCCGUAGUUACUGGUGCAAAUAAAGGCCUUGGUUUUGGAAUUGUUAGAGAAUUAUGUAAAAGAAAUGUUGAAGUGGUUUACCUCACCUCAAGAGACAUACAACGCGGAAAAGAUGCAGUUACAAGUUUAGAAAAAGAAGGUUAUAAACCUAAGUUUCACCAGCUUGAUGUCACUGAUGAAGAUAGUGUCAAAACAUUUGCCGAUUUUGUGAAGGCAAACCAUGAUGGUCUAGAUAUUUUGAUUAACAAUGCGGGCCUGUUAGAUGCUAACUACUAUAAAGUAAGCUAUGAAGAUGCAAAGAAAAUUAUAGAUGUUAACGUCCAUGGAAAAAUUUUAAUGCAGAAAUAUUUCUUUCCGCUAUUAAGAGAUAAUGGUAGAGUUAUUAAUAUAUCCAGUGAUUGGGGACACAUAAAAAAUAUUCAAAAUAAGGACUGGGUUGAACGCUUAACUAAAAAGGAUAUCAAAUUGGAGGAUGUGUGUGCCUUUAUUGAUUGGUUUUUGAAUUCUAUUAAAAACAACACACUAAAAAAGGAAGACUUUUUUGAAAACACAGUUAUGGCAUACAGGGUAUCGAAAGUUGCAGUUUUUGCACUUACUCGAGUGCAGCAAAAUGAGGUGAAUAGAGGGAUUUCAAUUAAUUCGGUUAAUCCGGGAAUUGUUAAAACGAGUAUGACCCACGGAACUGGGGAUUUCACAGUGAGUGAAGCCAGUGUUACACCUGUGUUUAUAGCUCUUGAUAUUGAUCAGUCCGUUAAAGGGAAAUUCAUUUGGUAUGACAAAACUGAAGUAGAUUGGGCAGACCACAGUUUAAAUGUUAUAGUUCCAUUUGAAAAAUUUGAACAAGGAUUGGCAGAAGUAACUAAAUCUUAA